AAUACCUCCCCCAUUAAAUACACCACCAUGCACCUUUCCCUUCAGCAGUACGUGUGCUCAUAGAUUGUUUUCCUUCUUUUGCAGAACCAUCUCGUCUCUUCAAUUCCUCAAUAUAUACUCAGUUUGAGAUAUUACAACUCUGAAUUUGCUUUAAUGGCACGGAGAAUAUUGAAGGAGCUCAAGGACCUGCAGAGAGAUCCACCAACUUCAUGCAGUGCAGGUCCUGUGGCUGCUGAUAUGUUCCAUUGGCAAGCAACCAUCAUUGGUCCAAAUGACAGUCCCUAUGCUGGAGGUGUUUUCGUUGUGACCAUCCAGUUCCCACCUGAUUAUCCUUUCAAACCCCCAAAGGUUGCCUUCAGGACCAAGGUGUUCCAUCCAAACAUAAACAGUAAUGGGAAUAUAUGCUUGGACAUACUCAAGGAACAAUGGAGCCCAGCACUCACCAUAUCUAAGGUUUUACUCUCCAUAUGCUCCUUGCUAACUGACCCAAACCCGGAUGAUCCUCUCGUUCCUGAGAUUGCUCACAUGUGCAAGACUGAUAAAGUCAAAUAUGAGUCAACCGCUCGGAGCUGGACGCAAAAGUAUGCCAUGGGCUAAGACCAUGAUGUCUAUUUAUAUAUAUAUAUAUAUAUAUAUAUAGAAGUGUAUUUAUAUAAAACCUUCUAUAUAUAUGUAAGACAUUUUAUCUGAUCUCAUGGGCGCUGCCUUGGUGAGGUAUAGGAAUGAUCCAAGCUAGGCUUUAAUUUUGUAAUUUGAGCAUCUCUUUGCUUCGAAUAAAUGGCUGGACAACCUUAAAUAUUGGUGCCUAUAUAUCUUUCAUGUUUAUUGCUCAAGAUUGUAAUAAACAGCGUCAACUUCACCCUUCUU